AUGCGUCUCUGCGUUGACUCCCCCGGCCCAGGUGUGUACGUGUGCGCCAAGUGCGGCUACGAGCUCUUCUCCAGCCGCUCCAAGUACGCACACUCGUCCCCGUGGCCGGCCUUCACCGAGACCAUCCACGCAGACAGCGUGGCCAAACGCCCGGAGCCCCAUCGCCCCGAAGCCCUGAAGGUGUCUUGUGGCAAGUGUGGCAAUGGGCUGGGCCACGAGUUCCUGAACGACGGUCCCAUGCGUGGGCAGUCCCGAUUCUGAAUCUUCAGCAGCUCGCUGAAGUUCAUCCCUAAAGGCAAAGAAACUUCUGCUGCCCAGGGGCAGUAGGUGGGCAGCCCUCCCCCCCCAUGGACUCGCGGUGGCUGGCUGGGCCCUGGCUGUGGCAUCUCAGCAUUCCUACAAGAAGGCAGGGCGGGGGUGGCUGAGACAUCGGAAAAGACAGACUCCUUGCACAAAGCACCCCAGAGGCCAGGGCUGAGCCUCGGCCUUUCCUGACGCACGCGGUCUCAGGAGACUUACAUACUGCCAGGAGAUUUAUACAUAUGCCCAUGUGCCCGUGUAUUCUUCCCAUUUCCUCCCUGGCUCUCUGUAUCUCUUGCGAUGGACACCAGUUCCCAAACCUGGACCCCACCGAAGCCCUGUGCCUUCCCUUGCCUGUUGCGGGGGGGGGGGGGGGGAGGAGGAACGCAAACACGGCCGCCCCGCCGCCCCCUCCAGCCCUGGUCACCGCAUGAUCUGCCCUGGCUAAACCCUCCUAGGCCAGCCAGGGUGGUGACAACCUGUGGCCUGCGGGAGGAGUAGAGCCAGCCCAGCCCUGUUUCACCAUCUGCGGGUACCGCUCGCCUCCACUACUGUUGCUUCAUGACCUGGCCGGUGCAGCUGCCCCGCGGUCACCGGCCUCGGUCCACACCUGCAGAGAUGUCCCAAGCCCUGUGCUCUUGCUAGGGGAGGACGGGGGAGGCAGAAGCCUGUCCCCCAGCUCGAGUCUUGGAGUAAUCAGGUGGAAAUGAAUAAAGGUGAGCCCUGGCCGC